AUGGUAUUGUUGAGCAUAUUUCUGUUUCUUAUUCCGGCGUUGAGUGUCGCGGUAAGUAACGCUUACGGUUACAGUCAACCGUAUGAUAGCGCAAAUGAUGGUUAUGGAUAUGGCUACGGGAAUCAACUCUUUGGAAGCUUACUGAAAAGUGGCGCAUAUGGAGCGUUAAAAUGCGCAGGUGCUGGUGCUGUGGUCGGUGGUAUUGUUGGACUGAUUGGAUGA